AAAAAAAAAAAAAAAAAGAAAUCUUUGCUAUCCAUUUCAAUGGAUUGAUUGACCCCACAAAACUCUCCCCUUUUUUACACUUUUCCCUUUUUAUACUCCAUUAUUUGAGAAAUUUUUAUUCGCCACAAAUUUUGCCUCCAGCUUAAAUCUUGCUCCCUUUUCCUCCUUCAUCCUUGUUCGGCGAUCUUUCUCCCAUUGGUGUCAUUUAAGAUUUGGAGUUGUCAUAAAAGGAGAAAUUUUUUUUGGCUUCCUGGGGUAAUUCUGAAAUCUGGGAUUUGUUUCAUAAAGGAGGUGUCUUUUAUCUUUGGAUAUUGCUUGGAUUUCGAGUCUAUUUGAUUCUGGGUUAUUGAAAAGAUAUCUUCUUGGAUCGAAGAUACGAUUUGGGUUCCUGGGUUUUUCAUUUCUUGUUCAUGUUAUAGGGUAGAAAUUUUUCAUUCACCCGGAUUGUAAGAAUGGCUUGUUUGUUGAAGACUGGUGUUCCUGUUUACGGUUCAACCGAUGUCGUUUUGGGUCGUGGUGCUAAGGGUCCUCCUACGCGUUGUUCCGGGGCUCUGCAAUUCGUGGAUUCAAGAUCGAAAGAAUUUAUGGGCAAACAGUUAGAUUUGUCAUUCCAGAAUUUAAGCAAUUGGGAUGCUAAAACUCGUUCAAGUUUUUGCGUUAAGGUAUGAAUCGCGUCCUAGAUUUUUUGUCAAUUAGUGGUGUUUGUGUCUUGAGGUUGAAAAUGGUUUAAUUUUUCUUAUCAUCCUGAACAAUUAAGAAUCAAUUUUCGAAAUGGUUAAAUGUUUGCUUCUUUGUUUGAAUUAUUUUAGGCACAAGCAUCAAUUUGUGUUAGCAGAGCUAUGAGAUGGUGGGAGAAGAAAUUAGCGCCCAAUAUGGUUGAGAUUCAUUCUGCGCCGGAACUUGUAGACUCAUUGUUGAAUGCCGGUGACAGAUUAGUUAUAGUUGACUUUUAUUCCCCUGGUUGUGGAGGUUGCAAAGCGUUGCAUCCCAAGAUCUGUCAACUGGCUGAAUCCAACCCAAAUGCAAUAUUCCUCAAGGUGAAUUAUGAAGAACUCAAGACAAUGUGCCAUAGUCUACACAUACAUGUCCUGCCAUUCUUUAGGUUCUAUAGAGGUGCAGAGGGAAGGCUAUGUAGUUUCAGUUGUACCAAUGCAACGAUCAAGAAGUUCAAAGAUGCAUUAGCAAAAUAUGGUUCUGAUCGAUGUAGUCUUGGUCCUGCAAGAGGACUAGAAGAAUCCGAAAUAUCUGCAUUGGUUUCAGCUGGUGAAUUAUCAAGAAGCUUGCUAUUGGAUCACAAUAAGGAAGAUAAGAUCAAGAUGGAAGAUCUUGUCUUAAAUGGUAAUCCGGUUCGAGAUGAAAUUAGUAAGAAGAUUGGAUUGAAUGAAGGCAGAGCUGUUGUGUUGGCCUAAUCUUAAUGAUAAAAUUGGAUUAUAGUUAGGAGUAGAUGAUUAUCUCCACCAUUUAAUUCAAAUUUAGGAUGGUUUGCCUUAUCCAUUGAUGUACAUAAAUUUGUUCAGGUGUUUGCCAUAUAAAAGCAGGCUCUGGGUUUUUUUGUUAGGAUAAGCCCUGCAAAAUUGGUCAAUCCCUUCUUGGAUCAUUUGAUGUUAGGAUAGGAUUAAUCCUAAUUCAUUUAUCUUUCCAGCAAUUGUCACAUUAUCUUCUCCCUUUUUAUCUUUGAAAAUCUUUGUUGCAGAUUGUUGCAUUAUCUGUACCAUUAGUGAUUACGUAUUAGUCUUCCAGUUUUCUGGAUCAGUUGAUAAUUUUAUUGGUUUCCAUUGUUUUCCGACCGCCGUUUUUGGAACUGAAAAGAUCUUGAAUAUUAACG